AUGAGUGUAGACAGGAGCGGGCCUGAGAGCUCAACGCUUAGGCAGCUCGGCUGUCAAUACACACGGAGGCGACCCGUUGGCAUACAAAACUUGCCAGCUGAAAUCUUGCAUAGCAUCCUGGUUUUCUCCCGCUCCUCUGCCUUACCAGUCACAUGUCGGUUCUUCCGCCAGACUUUGCAAAACUCGGGCGUCUUGGUCAAGGCAGAAUACAUUCUUGGCAGAUGGUGUGAUCACUUGAUCGAGUACGUCGUUGCGCAUCCGUGUCGUGCCAAGCACAAAGCCUGCAGAAGCCUGACAAGCCGUCUCGCCGGACCGAAGCGAAACUAUGAUCUAGCACAUAUCGAGAUCACAGACUGCCUAGCCAACUUGAUCGAGACCAAUCACCUCGAUAUAAUCACAUUUGGUGCCGAACUGGGCAUUACCACAGCUGAGGUUCUGGAUCGCGUCGUUGAUCUAGCAACAGCGUCUCUGUCUCACUCACUUUCGAGCCGCGUGCUGCCAGCACUGGUACGUGUACCGGUCGGAACGUCCAGACCUAAUCUCAAUGCAAGGUUCGUCAGGCACUCCAGGCUGCGUUUAGUGCCUCAAUUGCCAAAGAGACUCUUCCGACGCAUUGACCGGACCAUCUCCGAUGGUGAGAUUUCGAGCUCAACAACAGUGACGGCACCGUCGGCUGGUGGCGACAGUCGACGCCGGAAGAGGAGAAAUCUAAGCUGGAGCAAUACAGCGCAAGCGCCGGGUGUGGCCACAAAUGGUUAUUCUUGGAUCUCGAAACUGUUGCUCUGCUUGGCCAAUGGUCCCAGACAUACAGAUGCGACUCGUUCAGGCAAGCGAAAGCGCGAUGAAAGCCUUUAUGACUCGGACGAGAAUCUUAAUGGCAGAGUGGGACCGGUGCCGAGUCCAGAAGACCUCGAAUUGAUUCUAGCCCUGCUGAUUCAGUACGGUGCAGAUGCUUCUUCGCAUCAAGGGUACCCUCUUGCGAUGGCGGUCCAUCGCCGAGCUUAUGCUCUAGCUCGUCUCUUGUUACUUUUUGGCGCAGAUCCAAACUGUAAAGAGGGUUUGGCUGCGCAGAUUGCCAUUCGCAAUGGAUCGUGUCACAUCUUGCAUCUUCUCGUCACCGGUACCCGUUUGGACGCCGACGCUCAAGAAUCGUUUCCGAUUUUUGCUACUGUUCCGCUGAUGGAAGUCGGCUCGAUAACCUUGAAACUCAAUCGGACGCACCUGCGCCUCGCAAUUCAGUGUCGCCAAUGGCAUCUGGUCGACUACAUCUGGCACGAGCGAGACGUUGCUCCCGACAUCUCAUGCUUGCGCCUCAUAGAAAAACUUGGUCAUCGCUCCACUUCACCAUUUCGCUCUGAAGCGACUCAAUGUUGCGAGUCUGGCUAG